CUGUUCCUGCAUGUUGAGGGAGUCGGCUUGAAGGGAGCAAAACAUGUCGGGCUGCAAUCGAUGUGUCAAAUAACAUUUAUGAGUGCAUGGUGGUGUGUAGGUCGGAGAUAUGGAGCUCUUACAAACUAACAAAUACUAUAUAUUUAACAGAGGUCAGGAUUCGCUGUGGUGCAACCGGAAAACCGGCCACUUCCAAGCAAAAACAUGUUGGGACUUGGCUACUGCAGAAAAUCCAACAUGUCUUGGUAUUGUCCAUCUUCUCUUGGGAAAGCUGCAGAUCCACCCAGACCUGUCUCCAAGGUUGAUGUUGGUAUCUGGAGUGCGUAAGGUUGGCACCAUAGGGGAGGGUCAGACCGUGUACUGCAUAACACGUGUUGUCUUUCUUCCCUUGACUGCACCAUUAGAUUCAGAGUUAAAUCUCCAGCAAUGUCGAAAACAUAUGAAUCAUCCUGCUGGUGGUGCUGGAGAGCGAAAAUUAGGUUUGCCAUUUGGAGAUUUGCAACAGAAGGUUGCGCUUUCCAAAACAUUUGGUACUAUUCGUAGUGUCACAUCAACGAUCAAAACUGCAACAGUUAAUGCUGCAGUAACAGCAACUGGACAGGGUGCAAGAGCUCGCAGGGAUGGAAGGGACAAGGAACGAUAUGAGCGACGAGUUUUGGAUGAGUUAAUGAAGAUGUUUAAUGACUCCGACUCCUUUUACUACUCUUGUGAGGCGGAUCUCACAAGCUCCUUACAACGGCAAAGUGACUCCUACAAUGCUAGUCUACCGCUUUGGCGCAGAGCGAAUGAUUAUUUUUUUUGGAACAAACAUAUGCUUAUAGAUCUCAUUAAUCAAGAGGACACAAAUUUUGACGUGUGGAUUGUUCCUGUGAUACAGGGCUUUGUACAAACGGAAGCCGUACCCCUUGAUGCAGCUGUAAUUUCUCCUGAUGAUUCCGAUGAUAAACAAAAACGUGACCAUUAUACUUUAACGUUAAUAUCUCGAAGAAGUCGUUAUCGGGCCGGGACCAGAUACAAGCGACGUGGUGUUGAUGAAGAAGGCCAUGUGGCAAAUUAUGUAGAGACAGAGCAGAUUGUGUCGUAUUCCCAUCACCGGGUUGCCUUUGUUCAGGUACGUGGCUCUGUGCCAGUUUAUUGGAGUCAGCCAGGAUACAAAUAUCGUCCACCUCCGAGACUGGACAGAGAUGCAUCCGAGACUGCUGUAGCAUUUCGCAAACACUUUGAGAUGGAGGUGUCUCGAUACAGCCACGUGUCUUGUGUAAGUCUGGUGGAACAAACAGGGAAGGAGAAAGUGAUUGCUGAUGCUUUCAUGAACAAUAUUCUUCAACUGGACCACACUGACCUCACUUUUAUAACCUUUGACUUCCAUGAAUACUGCCGUGGGAUGAGGUAUGAAAAUGUUUCAAUAUUGAUUGAAAGCAUAGAAGACCUAAUAGGAAAAAUGCUUUACUGUUGGGUUGACAAGGAAGGUACAAUUUGCCGGCAGAAUGGGGUCUUCAGAAUCAACUGUAUUGAUUGUCUUGAUCGCACAAAUGUUGUCCAGACUGCCAUUGCUAAAUCGGUAUUAGAAGGACAAUUUGUCAAGCUUGGCAUGAUUCCACCGGAACAUGCACUACCGCCUGCAUGCCGGUCCACCCUACAGACAAUGUGGGCCAAUAAUGGUGACACGAUCAGCAAACAGUAUGCAGGAACAUCAGCCCUUAAGGGGGAUUUUACAAGAACUGGAGAGAGAAGAUUUGCUGGAAUGAUGAAAGAUGGGAUGAACUCUGCCAACAGAUACUAUAAGAAUCACUUCUUAGACACUUACCGCCAAGUAGCCAUUGAUGUUAUGCUCGGGUUGGAACUCACAGACAGUCAGUGGCAAGAGAUAGACUUUGUCGAGACUUUGCUCAAUGUUGCAAGUGCCUUAAUGCCUAUUGGUCCGCCAAGUUACAUGUCAGAGAUCGCCCCUAGCAACGAGAAAUACCUUGCGAGCGCCCUCUAUUCUUUGUCCAGAUACUACAUGAACAGAUUCAAGGAUGCUUAUCGACAAGCAACCAUUGACCAUUUGUUAGGGAACCCUGUAACAGAGGACCUGAUACAUCUUGAAGUGGCAGGUGAUGAGGAGGAGUCAUCCAUGACUCCUGAACAUGUCAAACAUGUUAUAGAUGACUGCAAGAAGCUGUUGGUACCAGAUGCAGAAACUAUUCUUGGAGCUUGGGGUCUCAUUGAUGCAGAUCCCUCAACUGGUGAUCCGGAUCAGACUGACAUGGAUAUCAUCCUGGUGUUGACCCGUGAUUCAUAUUAUGUUGCCCAGUAUGAUGAGGAGACAGACAGGAUCCUUCAUUAUGAGAGAGUGUCCCUUAUUGACCUGGAAAAAAUAGAGAUGGGGCCUUUUACCUGCCAAGGCAUGUUUAAGCAGUCACGUCCUCAUCAGUGUGUUCGCUUCACUUAUCUUGUGGAGGGACAGAGUGGAUUUCUACAGAUGUUUCGCUCCAUGAACAUCCGUUUCUUCAACAACAUGGCCAUUACAAUCAAGUCAGAGGAAGAAAUGAUCGAAUCUAUCAAGGCAAUUGGUGAGACAUUUGAAGUUGCGUGUCAGAUGAUUGGCUGUGAGGUCCAGCUGGUCACAGGCAAGAUGGAAAAGAAGAGAAGUCGAGGACGUAGCCAGCUUGCGAAUUUCCUGAACCCUUUGGCCUCACUCACCAAAACUUCCCCAGAUACACUGAAAACUGCAGGUACACGGGCCUUUAGUAAUGUUACAUCAGGACUUGCCAAACUAAACCCAAUGUCAGGUUUACGUUUAAAGCGUCCCACUUCAGUUGCACGCCACCAGCCUAUGUCUCAAUUUUAUCUUCAGAAACCUACUGUUUGUGUGCAGAAUGGAAGUGAUAUUAUCAUUCCAAUGGGUGGCAAUGAGACUCAUUUAGCCUCAUGUGGGGUAGUGGCUUCUUGUCUCCUUCCAGCAUUAUCUCCUCCACGUUAUCCCUCACCACCAAUAGCCCGCUGCCAGAGUGAUUCAGCCAUUCUUCAGUCUUCAGGGGCAAUGCGAAAUAUCAUCCAUGGUAUGACUGCCAAUCGUUCACCCACACCAGAGAUAUUUGUAAGUGAAACUGGAGAUGCUACACACAGACAUGCAGUCACCCCUACAUUUGGGGGAUUGUCUCCAACACUUCUGAUGCAAAGAGUGAGGAAGAUAUCACAUUCAUCAGAUGAAGUGGAUGCACGUGAUGACCGAGAUGGAGGGGUAUUGAGAGCGUCUUCUGCAACAGACCUCCAAUUGCACCUCACUUCCAGUCACUCAGAAGGACACAUUCUCGGUUCAUCUAUACAGUCUGGUGGAGUAAACUCAGGCGGGGAUCUCUCUAGCAACUUAGUGUCCCCUUUGUCAGCUCUUAAUAAAGAGGCUGUGUUAGCUCCCUUCUCAGUCUUAGCACGAGGAGUACAGAGUUUGGCACCUGGUGCAGGUCGUCUAGCACGUGGCAUGCAGAGCAUUGGGGUAAAUUUAGACCCUCGUCGAUUGCGUGCUCAACGUCAAAAACAGCUGGAAGAAGAUCCAAUAAUGAAAGAACGAAAAUUACAGUGCAAGACAAAGAUUAUUCAAAUCUAAGAUGUAUGAAUUACCGUACUAUAUAUUUAACCCAAGUCCAUCCCCCUGUUUUGGUAGUACUUAAAUUAACGGUGAGGACCAUAGUAUAUACUGUAUACCGACGUACAACGAAAUUAGAACGUAGAAAUCUGAUCUAUUGAGUUGGACAAACCGAGAAAACUAUUUUUUA